AUGAUACCCAAUGCAUCCAUACCACGACUACCGAUACCAAGAACAACGUACAUACUUACCCUAGCGCUGAGUCUAUUACUCUGUGCUUUUGGAAAUGCCGAUGCAUCAGAGCUGUUGCACGACUCUAUAUUCGACACCGAAGCACUUGUCGAGCGAAGCGAUGCAUCCAUUCUCAUAUACGAACCUGACUUCGGCGUAUUCGAUCGUAGUAUACUCGGUCGUGCAACAGCAGAACAGUCGCUUUUGACCAACAACGGCCCGGAUAGUCGAAAAUUGAGUCCCGGCGCAACUGUUUGCUACGUCGUGGAUAAGAAGACAUUGUUCGGCAAGGAUAAGAGGGACGACGAUACCCAUGAACCGAGGAGCACCGAGGACGAUUCUGGCCAUCAAAAUCCUCGUCGAGCUGAGUCUAAAACGGUUUACAUAUCUGUAAAUACCUGUUCGAGGCCAAGCUUGAAAUCCAAGGAUAAGGACAACAAUCCUGAAACAGCACCACAACUCAGUCUCUACACUUCAACCUCUAGCAAGAUCAAGUGCCCAGACUCAUCUAACUACAACAAGACAAACUCUGACCUGCAAAGGAUACCGUUCGAUGAGGGCGCGGCCACGGUUACUGUUAAUGCUACCGAUGCCAUAUACAUUAGUGUUGCUGCUCCUAACAUCACAAAAAAGCACGAUGGGGACUGGGAAUAUCAGAUCGCGAUAUCUUUUGACGAGUACUAUCAUAACUAUGACGCUCAGAACGGUACCGCUCGACUACUGCUGAUGGAUUUCGACUCAACAUCAGCACUUCUUGUCACUAGCAAUCUGACUGAGGAUUCAAGUGAGACCCAGCAAAUCAUGAAGAGGCCGCCCCCUUACCAAUUAUUCGUUGGCGACGAAAAACUUAGAUCCAUUGACGGUCUGCGACACUCAGCUUGUGGCCUUGCACGGAGCGCCGAAAUUUGGGCAAAUGGCAAUAAGUCGGGGCGACACAAUGAUCUCGUUACCACCGGUGUUACAACACGAGGACCAGGCCAACUACCCAAGCAGCAAUUCUUGAUUGCAGGUCUUAAUCACAGUUCCUCAUACUCGGGCAUCCUUGUCAAGAUGCCAGAAGGGAACAGCAAGAGGGCCGAAACAACAGGUGGUGGGGGUACAGUCUACCGGGCCACCUCAUUUCAAACAUCAUCCAGCUCAAAUUGCAAGAUGGUCACUAACCUUGAAUUUUGUAAUGAGACUCAAUAUGCUGUCCCAGGCAAUGACAAGAAGUUCAACAACACGGCCCUGGCAAAGCACUACGAUGACUACGCUAGAAAGAUGUAUGCCAACUUUGAAAAGGUCAUGAUGCAGAUGCCCUGCGAAACACCCCCUGAGUCCCGCUACUCGCUUGUGCGGAGUUGUGAUCAGUGCCGCGAAGCCUACAAGCGUUGGCUCUGCACUGUUAGUAUCCCUCGCUGUGAAGAUGUUAUGGGCGGUAGCAGGUUCAGCGUCGUCCGCAACGCUUUCCAAGCUUUCCCCAACGGGACCACGCUCCCUGAUAAUUUUCGCAAAGGACUCAGGUCAUCUGCAAACAACUCUUCGCGUAACGCCUGGAUCGACGAAACGGUCAAGCCCGGCCCUUACAAGGAAUUAUUGCCAUGUGAAGACAUUUGCUACGACGUCGUCCAAUCCUGUCCCUCGGCCAUGGGGUUCACCUGCCCGCAACCUGGAUUCCCAAGUUUUAGCGUAAGCUAUGGAGAACGGAAUUCCGAUACUUCCAGUAUCACAUGCAACUACCCGGGCGAGGCAAGAACAAAGAUCAGCGCAGCGUUGGUUGUUCGUCCUGAUACGUUUAUGCUCAGUGCGGUGUCAUUGAUGAUGUGGUUGCUGUGA